GUAAAUAUUUCACGGAUCCACUUAGUUAACUCCAAAAUGGAAUCGUCCAAAAGCAAAUGGCAAGUUCGAGCUUGGAUGGAUACAUCAUACAUUGUCCACAUGAAUUCUUUACUACAGUCAAGGCAUGUGAGGCGCAUAAGCGAAACUCCUUUUAAGUGUUGUUUAGGAAUUGUAGAGCCUAUAGACCUGAACCUCAAAUUGUUGAAACAAUUGGUACGUCGUUGGGUUCCCCAACAUCAAUCAUUCAGAGUUAGGCAACAAUUGGUUUCUUUCGAUGUGGUUGACGUGGUUAUGACUUUAGGAUUAGGAGUAGGGGGUUUGGAGAUCUCCUUCGAUGAAUCAAUUGUCGGAAAAGUUGGUGAACUGUUUAAUUCCAGUAAAACGAAAGCGAAAGAGUUGAUAGACAUGUUUGAUAACAUUGUUGGUGAUGAUGAUCUAGAUGUAGAUGUCGUCUGUCGUUUAUGUAAUAAGAAAUUACUGACUGGAAAGAUUGCUGAUUCUAUAAGCAUUAGUGGCAGUUCUAUUGUCUUGCAGCUAUGGGUGUACGAACGCCUUGGUUUGCAUUCUCACUCAUCUUGCAAGGUAUUUCCGCGACUUCAGCGAUUUCGUUCCUUAAAUUAUGGGACCGAAGCAAUAGAUCUUUUGUUUAGAAAAGGCGAGGUACAUUUUGAUUGGUACCUUCGAUCCGUUGACCGUCAAAAUCCCAUCAUCCGUGCUGCAUUCAAUAUGGAUGCGGUGGCGAGGACUGAAGAAGCACCUGAAAAAGGUGAAAAUAGUUGUGAAUCUGCACGUGCUGCAAGAUUGGAAAAAGCACUAAGUGAACGAAGAAAGACUGGAAAUGUUCAACAAAAUCUUUCCGUUGACGAAGCUGGUGUUGAUGUUGAGGGUGAGGGGAAUGAAGGAGGUGUCCAAGAAGCAGUUGUUAAUGAAACAGUUGCAAACGAAGCAGCUGCUGAUGAAGGAGUUAUUAAUGAAGCAACUUUUGAUGAAACAGCUGGAGAUGAAGAUGGUGUACAUGAAGAAGAAACAGUUGCAGCACCUGUUGAUGAAGCAGCUGCAGCUACAGCACCUGUUGAUGAAGCAACUUCAGAUGAGCAACCUGUUCAUCAAGCAGUUGCAGACGAACAAGCUGUUGACGAAGCUAUUGCAGAUGAAGAUGUUCUUGAUGAAGUACCCCCACGGGAUCCACCAGCUUUCGUUGACAUUGGUGGUGAUGACGAAGAUGAUGACUUAAUUCCCCAUGUACAACCGUUGCUUGUAGAGCCUUUGACAACUAUUCUUGGUGAUCUAACCACAACGGUUUUAAUUUUUGCAGCAACCAUGUUUAUGUACUUUGAAAAAAGGUCAACUAGAGUCAUAAAAAGGAUGAUCUUCAGUCCAAUGUUUGCGACCCACUUUUUAAUUGACAAUAAGAGGCGAGUUGCCAAUAGACAUGUGUGGCAACUUAUAGAUUACCAGCCUUAUUUUCGACACGAUCUAGUAAGAGUGGAAGAUUUAUUAUCUGCUGAUUGGGUAUUCAUCCCAGUUGUAAGCAAUAAUCACUGGUGGUGCUAUGCACUGAAGGUCCGCACCAUGCAGUUUUUUGUUAUUGACUCAAUGGAUAAGGGAAUCAGAGGACGUGGUGGGAUUGACAGAAACAUUGCUAAAAAUAUUCAGCGGUUUUGGGGUUUGCUGAUUAAUACAUAUGAAGAUUCCAAGAUUGCUUUUAAUGUUGAGCAAGCCAAGAUCCCAGUGCAACCUAACACAUACGAUUGUGGAGUAAUAAUGAUGAAAGUCUUGGAAAUAUGGGAUGGAGAGGACAAAUAUGAUGGCAAAAGCAUGCCUGAUUAUACUAAUGAGGAUUUGGCUGCGUUUAGAAAGAAGUAUAUAUGUGACUGGAUUCUAGAUGCUGAAAACUUGCGAAGAUUGGGAGUUUUACAGCACUUCGGAUUAUUAGCCUGUGUAAUCGCUUACAAGCAGGCUGUAAGCGAUUACCAGGGGAGAAAAUGGGAUCUGUACCGAAAGUUGGUGGCUGCUCCCUGGUUUUUUAAACGUUGCUCCCAAUUCGGUGUUGCGGGCUAA